UUACUAUAAGUUCCAGGGGUAUUUGUUUGUGUUGUAGUGUACUGACUUAUUUAAUCAUGGAUAUUUACAAGGAAUGUAAAUCUCUUUGAAGUGAAAUGCGUGCAUUAGUAGUAUCAAUAUGGGUUUUCAUAAACCUUGUGUUUUUUGGAAUGUGUGGCUAUAUGUAUUUACUUUGGUCACAAUAUUGGUUGUAUAUGGAAAGACAAGCCGAGACAUCAACAUCAACUUACGAUCAACAAAUUUACUUCUACAAUAGAGGUUAUUACCCAAAUAAUAGUGUUGCUACUUUGAGUUCAAAAACAAGGCAAAAACAUUCUGUAUUGAAAGAAAAUUCAUCUGUUACAUUGAUAAAGAAUAGUAAACCACGAUUCCCAAACCUCCAACCAAAGGAUUUUGAAUUGGAUUCUAAAAAAAAUAUGUGCUUGAAAAAUGAUAGCUUAUAUAUCUGUGAACGAAAAACUGCGGCAUUUAAAGAAGACAUAAUUAACGAAUUACGUAAAGUAUUUAUCGAAGAAGGUAAUGUAUUAAGAGUGGGAAAAGACAAUCCUUACAAUGUUCAAUAUAGGGGCAAGAAAGGUAAUUUUUUGGAUAAAUCUCCAAAGAAAGUAUUAUGUCAGUUAUAUGAUGUUCCAUUAAAAACGAUUAAACGUGAUGAUGUGGAAAAUCAUUUACUGAAAGAUUAUAUUCCCAAAAGAGCUUUGUUUCAAAAUAAACGCUUCCAUAGUUGUGCUGUAGUAGCUAGCGCAGGAUCGCUUAAGGAUUCGAAACUUGGUUCUCUUAUAGAUUCUCAUGAUUUGGUUUUAAGAUUUAACAAUGCACCAACCGAAGGCUUCGAAGAGGACGUAGGGGCGAAAACAACAAUUCGCCUUCUUAACUCUCAGGUUGUAACAAAAUCUCAAUUUAAUUUUUUAAAUUGGAAACUCUUCAAAAAUGUGACUUUAGUAGCAUGGGAUCCCUCUAAUUAUUCAUCUACCAUCGAAGAAUGGUUGGAGAAACCAGAAUUUAACCUUUUCCCAAAUUAUAUAGCAUUUAGAAAAAAUGAUCUCAAAUCAAGAGCGUUCAUUUUAAAUCCUCAGAGCGUUUGGGAUAUUUGGGAUUUUCUCCAGGAUAAUUCUCCGAGUAUGUUAAGAAGGAAUCCCCCAUCCUCAGGAUUUCUUGGAAUUCGAUUACUUCUACCCUUUUGUAGUUUUAUAGAUGUAUUUGAAUACGUACCUUCAACAAGAGUGAGCAGAAGGUGCCAUUAUUAUGACCCAGAAGAUAACCCGUCUUGUACAUUUGGCGUAUGGCAUCCUUUAGCAGCAGAGAAGUUGCUAACUUAUUAUAUAAAUACUGUUGAUGAUAGAACGGUAUUUCAAACGGGAUAUGUUCGAAUUCCUGGCUUAAGAAGCGUUGAUUGUGCUUGAAAUAUGCACAAUUUUAUUAAAAGUACAAUUUCCAUGUAAAUUCACCUAAUUAGUAGUUAAAUUAUUUUGUAGAUAUAAAACCGAACGAACUAAUUACUGAUAAUACAAAUUCAAAUAAAUACAAAUACAAUAGAGGAUGAUCAUAAGCAAUUUUCAGAUUGUAACUACAUGUUCAGAAAAUAAAAAUAAUGUUUAAAUAAAAA